AUGACAGAUAACGAACAAAAGAGACAAGGAGGUCAGAGACAGCAGAACAAGAGAAGGGGUCAGCUGCAUAACAACGAUAAACCAAGAUCUGAAGGUCCCAAGAGAGAGGCUAUCCUAGAUUUAAACAAACACAAGGGUGAAGAAAUAAGAGUUAGAUGUGUCGGUGGGAGACAAAUUACUGGAAUUCUCAAAGGAUUUGAUCAAUUGAUGAAUUUGGUGUUGGAGGAUGUGACAGAGCAGCUAAGAGACCCGGAAGAUGAAGACAAGUUGACAGACAAGACAAGGCAGCUUGGGUUGGUAGUUGUGAGAUGUACAAGUCUCAUGACCAUAUCGCCAGUUAAUGGUAGUGAAAUCAUCGAUAACCCAUUUGUACAAACAGAACAAUAA